AUGUCUUCCACCGACUACAAGUUCGAGGGCUGGUGCGGCCUUGACAAGAAGGCCAUCGAGGGCAACAUGAAGUGGCAAGAAUACGAGCCGAAGCCCUUCGCCGAGACGGACGUCGACAUCCGCAUCUCGCACUGCGGCAUGUGCGGCUCGGACAUGCACACGCUGAACUCGGGCUGGGGCGAGACUCCCUACCCUUGCGUGGUCGGACACGAGAUUGUCGGCCGCGCCGUCCGCGUCGGCAAGGACGUGACGCACAUCAAGGAGGGCGAGCUGGUGGGUGUGGGCGCGCAAGCCUCGUCCUGCCUCAAGGCCGAGUGCGCGCGCUGCGCCGACGGCGAGGAGAACCACUGCGCGAACAUGGUCGGCACCUACGCGGCCAAGUACCCGGACGGCAGCAAGAGCUACGGCGGCUACGCCGACUACAACCGCACCCCUGCGCACUUUGUCUUCAAGGUCCCCGAGAACAUCGAGCCCGCCGACGCGGCGCCCAUGAUGUGCGCCGGCAUCACGCUGUACGCGCCGCUGAAGCGCGAGGGGUGCGGCCCGGGCAAGCGCGUCGGCAUCGUCGGGCUGGGCGGCCUGGGCCACUUUGGCGUCCUCUUCGCCAAGGCGCUGGGCGCCGACGAGGUCGUCGUCAUCUCGCGCACGUCGGGCAAGAAGAGCGACGCCGAGAAGAUGGGCGCCACGCGCUUCAUCGCCACCGACGAGGACCCGGACUGGGCCGCCACGCACGCCAACUCGCUCGACCUGAUCGUCUCGACCGUCUCGUCGCCCAAGAUGCCCCUGUCCGGCUACCUCAGCCUGCUCCGCUUCCGCGGCACCUUCAUCCAGGUCGGCGCCCCCGAGGACGAGCUGCCCCCCUUCAACGCCUUCGCCCUCAUCGCCAAGCAGGCCAAGGUUGGCGGCUCCCUUAUUGGCUCUCCCAAUGAGAUCCGCGAGAUGUUGCAGCUGGCCUCCAAGACGAACCUUAAGCCCUGGAUCCAGCAGCGCCCGCUCAAGGACGCUAACCAGGCUGUCGUCGACUUUGAGGCCGGCAAGCCGCGGUACAGGUUCGUGCUUGUGAACGAGAAGCACGCUGAGAAGCAGUAG